AUGACCAGAAUUGAAGGCGAGCCGCUUGAACGAGUCUGGAAAACAAUUAACGAGGCCCAGAAGGACUCUAUCAAGGAGCAGCUGGGCAUUUACCUGGCAAAAAGGCCCCCAAUAGCCAGUAGUCCACUAUACUGGACUAAGGACGAGUACAAUCCCAUUAGGGGUCACCUGACAUCCAUAACGGAUAGCCAGGUGAUAAUUUUCUCCAUCCUUGAUAUUCCUGUACCAAAUGCACACUGCCAUUCCCAGGCCUUCACUCUUGAUUCAUCACAGAUCGCCUGA